AUGGCCCCGGUCGUCCUCGCCGAAGAAGCUCAUGGAGGAGGCCAAGGCAACAGCGAUGCCGAAUUCUUCAAUAUACUUCAAAUGCAGUAUGCUCACUACAUGCUCCUCGCUAUGGCUGGGGCGGUUGCGCUUUUCUUCGUCUGGACGAUGUUUCUGAAGCUCAACGCUCACAUGCGACGCCUGCAUGGGCUUGGAAACGACACCCAGCGAUUCUUUGCCCGCGACAACUACCGAAUGGCCUGGCUGAAAAGAAACAUCGUUGAUGCACCUUUAUUCCGCAGUCGCCAUAAUCGCGAGUUCCAGUUAUCCCGAGCAAUCAAUAUGGGCACACUCCCCACUCGGUUCCAGACCUUUUGCCUCGCAGGUCUCAUUAGCAUGAACGUUGCUUUGUGCGUUCUGCAUGUGCCUUUUAGCGAGGGUCUAGAUACAUUCGCCAAAGUCUUGAGAAAUCGCACCGGUACUCUGGCUACUGCGAACCUGAUUCCCCUUGUGAUGCUGGCUGGCCGCAACAAUCCCCUCAUCCCGUUGGUCGGUCUGUCCUUUGACACUUGGAACUUUUUUCACCGUUGGCUCGCUCGUAUCGUGGCCCUCGAAGCCCUCGCCCAUACAUUUAGUUGGAUCGCCUCAAAGGUCAACCAGGCGGGAUGGUCAGCCGUUGCAGAGACAUUCCACGAAAGCGAAUUCAUCCUGACCGGUCUGGUGGCUGCUGUGGGCUUCGUUGCUCUGGUAUUGUUUGGGUCGUCAGCUCUGCGACAUGCCUUUUACGAAACGUUUCUACACCUUCACAUCUUCCUGGCGCUAGUGGCGUUUAUUGCUCUUUCGCAGCACCUGAAAGAGCUGCCACAGUUGGUAUAUCUCACGGCUGCAUUGAUUGCGUGGGGAGUCGAGAGGUUUAUUCGCUUCGCUAUCAACGCCUACCGUAACAUCCUCGGAAAAAAAACCACGGCGGUUGUGCAGGCUCUGCCAGGCGACGCUAUGCGCAUUACUUUGCGGCUGGCUCGGCCUUGGACUGUCCGUCCCGGUCAACACAUGUAUUUGUACAUUCCGUCCGUCGGAUUUUGGACAUCACACCCCUUCAGUGUCGCCUGGAGCGAACCUGAGCGGGUCCUGACCGAGGAAAAAGGCCUCGUCAUGACCCGACAAGAUUGGAUGUCGGCACAGAAAGAAACCAUCUCACUUCUCGUCCGUCGCCGGACUGGAUUUACCGACACACUGUACAAGAAAGCAGAAAAGAGCGCCGACGGGCAAAUAUCUGUAUUUGCGCUGGCCGAAGGACCGUACGGAGGCCUCCACAACCUCGACUCGUAUGGGACAGUGAUGUUGUUCGCUGGCGGGGUCGGCAUCACUCACCACGUACCCUUUAUCCGCCACCUAGUGCAGGGAUAUGCAGACGGCUUGGUGGCCGCUCGCCGAGUGACUUUGGUCUGGACGAUCCAGUCGCCCGAGCACCUCGAGUGGAUUCGUCCCUGGAUGACAACCAUUCUGCAAAUGGACCGUCGACGUGACGUCCUGCGCGUGAUGCUCUUCAUUAGCCGUCCGCGCAACACCAAGGAGAUUCAGAGCCCCAGCGCGACCGUGCAAAUGUUUCCCGGUCGGCCCAACGUUAACACCUUGCUGGACCUGGAAAUCGAGAAUCAAAUCGGCGCAAUGGGCGUGAUGGUCUGUGGCAGUGGUGGCAUGGCUGAUGAUGUUCGGCUGGCCUGCCGUCAAAGGCAGGCAUACAGCAAUAUUGAUUUGAUCGAGGAGAGUUUUACAUGGUGA